AUGAGUCCAGCCGACGCCGAGUCCCGGCGUCGUGAGCGCGGUGUCAUUGCCCAGCGCGAAUACCGCAAGCGACACGCUUCCAAGGUCCAGAAGCUCGAGGAAGAGAAUAGGGAACUCAAGAACGCCAUAGCCGAGAUCAGCAGGACCCUCAAGGGGCGGACCCUGUCAGAUGAUCUAAAAGCUGCUCUUUCCCAUGCACGAGACCUCGCCGACAUUACUGAAGAUGAUACUAAGGAGGUUUCCGACAACAAUAACGUAGAAGAAACAUCACCAUCACAAUCACCGCCCCCGACCGUGUCAGAAGACCCAUCAGCAUCAUCAGAAAGACGCCUCCGUCCCAGUGGCCGAGCAAGUCCCCGCCUAGACUACGGCCUUUGGGUAGACACAGACCGCCUCAUCCGCAUCCUCGAACCACCCCUCGACAUAGUCCCCUACCUCGGCCCGGGUAUGCACACCCUCGCCGGUUGUAUCUUCUGGUCCACAAUGAACUACACCGUCGACCUGUGGGAUGCCCGCCCCUCGCCGCCCGCAAUUAAAGCCAUAGACCGCAUGUUCAGCCACUCAAAGCACCUCAGCGAUCGCAAUUAUCUGCUCUCGCUCGCCCAGGCGAGGAUGGACUACAAGAACAAGGGGUACAUGUUCCGUAAGCUCUCGGAUCAAUUUGCUGCACGGGCCUGCGCAGAGACUUUUGAGCUUGUCAGGGAUGAAUGUGAGAAGAAGGGGAGGCCGAGCAGGUACUGGAAGACGCCGCAGGAGAUUGCAGGGAAUAUUUUCAACGAGAUCACUACUGAUCAGGCUGUGAGGAUGCAGGCUGUUGCGGAGGGCAGGGGAACGCUCUCUGAUGGGCAGAUGAUGCAGGCGCUUGUCUCGUGGCUCUCUCAGAACUUUAUUUGCUUCGGUGACGGACCUAGAUGGAGUACUGUCUUUGUCUCUGUCGGCAUCGGAAGUUGGGUCAGGGAGCUCAUGGACAGGGACGCUCGCGCAGAGAAGGAGUCCACACCCGGGGCGAACGAAACGCCAUCUUGA